AUGGCGCAGCAAGGGCUGGCCGCUCGGCUUCUCGAGCGCGUGCUGUCCGAGGUCCCCUCCGUCCUCGACCGGCUCUCGGACGAAGACAAGGUCAACCUGGCAGCGACGCGAAGGGGCGUGCUCGAGGCGGUGCUGCGCGGGUGCCGGGCGGUGCUCGUCGUGACUAAUGACGACUACAUGCUGCACGCGCUUGGGGUGCGGAUGAGGGAAGGGCCGUGCGUCGGCGAGCUCCUCUUUUGCGGCAUCCGCGUGCCGGCGACGUGCGCGGCGCCGCUGUGGUCGGCGAUCGGAUUCGCGGACCGGCCGGGGCCAGGCGACUCGCAGGACGAGAGGUUCUGCAAGUGGCUGAACGUGGUGUGGCGGCUGACGAAGGAGAAGACCUUCUGGGGGGAGUCGCGCGUGACGGGGCUGGCAGUCCCCGCCUUCUACGACGGUGGCGUCGCACAGGUGCCGCAGGCGCUGUCGCUGCAGCACAUCCUCCGAUCGACGCCGGUCGCGAACCACUUGAGGUUCCUGCGCAUGGAUCUGUCGCAGUUCCGCGCGGGGGAGGCGCACGACGCGCAUGUCGGGGCGCUGCAAGACGCCGUGCGCGGUCUUCAGGCGCUCGAACGCCUCGACCUCGCGUGCAUCGAUGACGAACACGGGGCUUGGACGAGUCUGUUCCGCGACCUCGGCUCCCUGACGCGCCUGCGGCUGUCGAACAUGACCAUCAAGCGUAACAACAGCUUCAUUUACGAGGUGUUCGGCCCUGGCGAUGUCUUCGGCCGUCUCCCGUUCGUCAACUGGCUCGAGAGCGCCGCGAACCUGCGACGCCUGGAGCUGUCGAACGUGAACUUCGAGCGCGGCACCUUGCCGCCGGGAGGCUUCGCCCCGCCGCGGCGCUUGGAGGUUGUCCACGUGUGUCGCAGCAACCACCCGUUCUGCUGGCGCGACGCCGUGAACGUCCGGAGGCUCCGGAUCGACAGCGCUGCCCCCCCUUCGGAGGAUGAAUGGGCGGAGAUCGGCGCCAUGAUGCGGCGCAGCAAGGCGCUGCGAGAGCUGGACAUGCGGUACGCCGCCGUAACGAGCGGCCACUUCACGGAGGUGUUCGACGCGCUGCCGCACAGCACGGUGGAGAAGUUCAGGUGCCAGUGGCAAGCACUGUCGCAGGACAACGAGGUUGACAGCGCUGCGGACGACGACGAGGCGGAUGCCCACGAGGAGGACUGCGCGGCGGUCAUCGAGUGCGUCUCCGCGGGGCUCGUGGCGGCGCUGAAGCGGCCGAGCUCGCCCCUGCAACACGUCGGGAUCUUCGGCCACUUCAUGGAGUCCGGGGACCCGUCUUCGACGAGCGAGUUCCGGGUGUCGGACGUCGCGACGGCCCUGGAGGGCAACACGACGCUGCGCAAGCUCGGUCUGAGUGGUUGCGGCAUCCACGACGGGCACGCCGCCGCGAUCGGGCACAUGCUGGAGCGCAGCCAGUCGCUGGUCCAUCUGCGCCUCGGCCGCAGCCUCCUGUCGUGGGAGGGCGUGCGGGAAAUCGCGGCGGGCCUCCAGCGCAACACGACGAUGCGGACGUUGCGGCUCAACGCGAACCUCGGCCUGGGCGCUGACGGCAUCAAGGAACUCACGGACGCUCUCGUCGCCGAGGAGUCGGCCUGCCAGCUGCAGCAUCUCGACCUCACCCUGUGCAACGCCGAGGACGAGGGUGCAAAGCACGUCGCGGCUUACCUGCAGCACCCCCGCUGCACGCUGCGCACCCUGAACUUGCAUUUCAACGACAUCACCGACGCGGGCGCCGCGGCCAUCGCCUCGGCGCUGGAGUCGAACGCAACCCUGGAGUCGCUCAUGCUCUGCGAAAACCACAUCUCAAUCGGAGGCGGCCGCCGUCUGGCAGACGCGUUGGAGAGGAACGACACGCUGCGAGCGAUCAACUUCGCAAUGUCCCUCCCGCAGCCGUGGGACGUUCCGGAGCACCGAGACCUCAUGUUCGACCUGCGGCAUGCGCGGAAGUACGCAAAUGAGCGGCGUGGGCUCGACUGA